AUGGCUGGUAGACAAGCACAUGGCCGCGCGCCUGACAAGAAACCUAGGGUAAACAAUAACUCAAAAAAGAGAGUUCUGGAUGCAUUUGCAAUUGCUUCGCACCAAACUUCCGACGAUGUUAAGAUCCGAAAACACAGACUUGGGGCACAGGAGGGCGGGAAUCGGCCAGGCAAACGUCGCCGAAAUGAGGAGGAGGAAGAGGAUGACGAAGAGGAAGAAUCGAACACAAAGAAACAGCGCAAAGGUCCUGCUAAAGGCCGUUUUGACGAGCUAGAGGUGGAUGAGGGCAGCGACAGUGAGGGGAAUGAGUGGAAAAUGGGACAGGUUGAUUCGGACGACGAUAGUGAUCUUGAUAGUGACGAAGCUUUUGGAGAAAGCGACGAAGAGAGAUUUGAGGGCUAUGCGUUUUCGGGCAGCACGAAGAAGGACAAAAAGAAGAGUUCUAAACGCCGCAAAGAUGUUAAUCUCGACGAAGACGACGAAGAGGAUUCGGAUUCUGAGUUGGAAGAGGGUGAUCUAGGAGAAGGAGCAGUGGAUCUCGCAGACAUUUUGGAUGCAUCGGACAGUGAAGAAGAGGAAGAGCCAAGCAAGAAGAGUCGAGAUAGUGACGAAAGCUCAGGAUCUGAGGAGGGCGACGAGGAGAGCGAGGAAGAGUCGUCAGCUUCUUCUGCAGACGAAGACGACGAAACCUCAGACCCUGCCAAGAUUGCCGCAUUGCAAAGUUUGAUAGCAAAUCUCCCACAGGCAGACGAGAGUGCAAAGGCUCCAGCAAAGCAGCGACAGGAUGGUGCUAGCGAAUAUGCCGCGCCCUCAGAUUAUGGACUCACGCCCAAAACGAAGCUCACAUUGGAGGAUCUUGGCCUACCGGGAAUAAGCGAUCCUCAAAUUAGGAAGUCGUUGAAAUACGUUGAGCAAGAUGCGAAGAGUAGCAAAAAUAAGACUCAGGCAAAAUUAGAGGUCCCUCUUGCCAGGCGACAGCAAGAUCGUUUGGAUCGGAGCUCUGCGUACGAUCAAACAAAAGAGACAUUGGCUCGGUGGACGGAUACGAUCAAGCAUAAUCGAAGAGCCGAGCAUCUCAUGUUUCCACUACCAGAUAAUGAUCUUCAGGCUGCACAUUCCAAUAAGCAACUUGUUCCUACUGCGCAGACCAAACCUUUCAACGAACUAGAAGCUGCAAUUCAAAACAUUCUGGAAGAGAGUGGCCUUGCGACUGUUAACGGCAAGGAUGACGAGGAUCAAAUCCGGGAGUACGAGGAGCUAGAAACUAAGAAUAUGUCAAUUGAUGAGGUCAAGGCCAAGAGAGCACAACUCCGUAUGGCUCGUGAUUUACUUUUCCGUGAGGAAGCAAAGUCAAAGCGUAUCAAGAAGAUCAAGAGUAAAUCUUAUAGAAAAGUUCACCGAAAGCAGCGCGAGAAAGAAGAGCGACUAAACCAAGAGGCGCUUGCGGAAGGUGGGUACGUAGCCUCCGAGGAUGAAUUAGAAGCCCAGGACAGAAGAAGGGCAAAUGAGCGUAUGAGUGCAAAGCAUCGAGGUAGCAAAUGGGCAAAAGCUACCAAAGAAACUGGGCGUGCUGCUUGGGAUGAAAAUGCUAGAUCUGGAAUUACGGAGAUGGCACGACGAGAUGAAGAGUUACGGAAGAGGGUCGAAGGGAGGGCUGUGCGGAAAGAGUUUGACAACGGCUCGGACGCUUCUUCCAGCGACUCAGAUCAAGAUGAUAGUGACGAUGAAGAAUCAGAAGAAUCUAGAAUUCAGCGACAACUUAGAAAAGUCACGGGAUCAGAUAUCAUUAGUGAGUCUGCGCCUGGAGGGAAGCUGGCAAAUCUGAAAUUUAUGCGGAAGGCCGAAGAAGCACGAAAGAAGGAGAAUGAUGCCAUGGUUGAAGACAUUAGACGAGAAAUGGCUGGCGAAGGGUCCUCGGGCGAAGAGGAAGAGGCAGGCGAUAUUGGUCGACGAAUUUUUGGACCUGGAAGUCAGAAAGAGGUGGCGAAACCAAAAUCACUCCCUGAAAAUGAAUUUGAAGAGCCAAAAGGAUCAGACGAUGAAAAUGACGAAAUGGAGCUGGAUGUGCAAGGAGUUGAUAACAGCUCCAAGCCAACAUCCGUCUCGAAGAACAAAAAGAAAGACGCUCAAAAGACCAAGGUCUUGAGUUCUUCGAUCGUCCCAGACUUAGUUGCAUCGGAAGGUGGAGCAUGGUCGAAAGUACCAAUACGAAAGUCUACAACAGUUAAUGACGCAGAAGCAAUGAGACGGCGCCAUAAGAAGAAUGAAGCUGUGGAGAUUGGAGAGCUUGAUCUUGCAGCAGCCGCAAUGGUUGCCACACAAACUAAACCAAAGAAAUCUCGACCGCAAAGUUCUGUUACAUUUGAGAAGGGCGUUGAAUCAGAUGAAAGCGGCGAUGAGAAUACUGUUGAAUUGCCAUUUGCUAUCCGGGACCAAGAUCUGAUUAAAAGAGCGUUUGCUGGUGCAGACGUAGUGGGAGAAUUCGAAGCCGAGAAAAAGCAAACUGUGGAGGAUGAGGAUGAUAAAAUCAUUGAUAAUACUCUACCGGGCUGGGGAGCUUGGACUGGUGAUGGUGUGAGCAAAAGAGAAAAGGCACGCAAUAAGGGCAAGGUUUUGACCAAAGUUGCUGGUGUGAAAGCAGCAAACCGAAAAGAUGCAAAGCUCGACAGGGUGAUCAUCAACGAGAAGCGAGUCAAAAAGAAUGGCAAGUAUCUCGCAUUUGCCCUUCCACAUCCCUUCGAGACCCGUGCCCAGUAUGAGCGCUCUUUACGACUACCUGUCGGCCCCGAGUGGGCGACGAAGGAAACUCUACAGGCUGCCACCAAACCCAGAAUCUUGCUCAAGCAAGGUAUCAUUGCACCGAUGUCAAAACCGCUUAUGUAG